AUGUGUGGAACCGGCGCCCCCUGUGGCGGGAGGGCACAGGAGGAGCGCACAGUGGCAAACUGGGACUACCAUGCUCCGGGAGUGAGACCAGACCGGGUCCGAGCCGCCUGGAGACCUGUAUGCUCCGGGAGCCGCAGGGACUACGGCCGCACUUUUCCGCCAGCACAAACAUCGGCCUGUACUCCAUGCUUCCUCACCACCACUACUGCGGAUCACAGGAGAGGCGCAUCUUUAGGCUCACCGUGGGUCCCCCGACUGCAGCCAAGGGCCCUCGACCACAACGCCCCCCAUCCAGAGGAAACGACCUGUCCUGAACCAAGCGACGAGGAGCCUCCCACCAUCUCCUCUCUCCACUGCAGCGCCACCACUGUGUGCAAGGCGGAACUGCACCGACAGGACUCCGCCGUGAUGUCUCUGUGA